AUGCGUAUAUCCCUACUCGUGCUUGCCCUCGCGAGCUUUUGCAUAUCCACAUUUGCCCUCGACUUGAAGGGCCGCAUACACUGGAACGACCAUUGCAAAGGUCUCAACGAACUUGGACAGACCAAGGUAGCGCUUGACAAUGGAAAGCUGCAUGGAGGGGUGACACGAGAUGGCUCGUUCGAGAUCCCCGAUGUCCCACCAGGGACGUACGUGCUCUCCGUACAAGCCCCCGACCAUGCAUUUGAGCAGAUGCGUGUCGACGUGUUCGAGACCGACUCCCUCCCCGAAGUGCGCCCGUACUUCCCCGGGACGCCGCUCUCGGCCGCGUCGACGGUGACGCUCCCGUACCCGAUCCAGCUCGCCGCGCGGGUGCGGUACGACUUCUUCGUCCCGCGCGAGAGCUUCAACCUGCUCGCGAUGUUCCAGAACCCGAUGAUGAUGAUGAUGCUCGGCGCGGGCGUGCUCGUCCUGCUCAUGCCGAUGAUGAUGAAGAACAUGGACCCGGAGGUCAUGGAGGAAUUCAAGGAGCGGCACGCCAAAAUGACCGGCGCCGGCGCGCAGUUGCAAAGCGGGGACCUUUCAGGCGGGCUAUCUCAGCUGUUCGCCGCGGCGAGCGAGGAUUCCAAAGCGGUGACGUCGGGCCAGUCGAAGAAUGCGAGUGCCUCGGGAGCGAAGCAGCGCAGUGGCAAGGGCAAACGUCGGUAA